GUUCCUUGCGCAUGUAUUAAAGCACCAAAUUUGGUACUUGCUUGGACCCUUCUCAAACGGUCACUUAUUCCGUUUUCGUUUGUUGGCUCGAUCACACGCAGCAAAACUUCUUUACAGCAUAUUUUAAUUCAAUAAAAAUUCCACAAAUAGCAAACAAGUUUAAGAAAAUAAAUUUAAAGUGAAUUUCAUAUCAACGAUCGAAAAUUUAAACUUGAAACAAAAUUAAAAGCUCCGAACCAAAUCAUCUUCAAUUGCUGAGAUAUUGCCAAAGUUUUUCUCAAAAAUCCCAUUGAAAAAAGAAACCCAAAAUGGUUGAUUUCGAUCUCAAACUUGCGUAUUGCUGCUGUUUCGAUCUGCGCACUGGUGGCUUGGUAAUUGGAUACUUUCAAUUGACUUUGUGGGCAUUGGAUUUUCUCCUCAAGGUUAGCGGUCUAACUUUUGGUUCAUUUUUGGUUUACGGCUUGCUAUUUGGUGUUCACGGCUGCUGGGUCUAUGGCGUCCAUACCGAAUCGACCAGCUUCAUGGUUCCAGGCGUCAUUUUUGAAAUGAUCUGUUAUGCUUUAAUUCUGCUUGCAUUGGCGAUCAUCCCGAUUCUUGGACUUACACUUGGCGAAAAAAUUCAUGAACUUAUUCCCGACAAAGAACAAGCCGCCAGCGCUGCUAAUCUCGGUGCAGCCCUUUUCUACGUUUUGUUCAUCAGCUUCGCUCUUGGAGCAGCACUUCAAUGGCUUUUCACGGCUGUCAAGUAUUCCCUGUACAAGCAAAUGAAAGAGGAGGAGGCCGAUCAAUCGAAUGCGCGUCCAAGUGCAAACGAUAAAUUUUAAUACAUUAGCGCACAAAAGUGCCAAUUUCGCAUAAUCAAUUGUUCAAUUGAUUGAAUACAUUAAAAUGUGAAAUGUGACAAACUAUGACAGUUCGAAAAAU